GAUUGUGAAUGGUUGUGCAAGCUUGCAAGUGUGACCUUGAUGCAUCGUGCAGGUGGAGACACAGUAUGAUGACUCAUAUUAUCGCGCAACUCGUAUGUUGGAAGGGGAAUGUGGCAUGGAGUGGAGAGGGAGUCGUGUUUGUGUCGUUGUCUUGAGAGUACGGUGUGAGAGUAGUCGUGCAGUAGUUUGUUCGUUCGCCGCACCUACGUCCUUGCUGGGGCGAAGUCCCAACACCUAUUUUUUUCCUCUCAUAUGUUACCUAUAGCUAAUAUAUGAGAGGAAGAGAUAGGUGUUGGAACUGUGUGGCAGAGCAUAGGGGAGGAAAGGACCCGCGGGAGCCAACGCAUCAUCGGACUCAGUGAAAUGGUUUCACUAUAGCAUGCCUAGCUAUGAACUUGCGGGCCCUGGUUCACAUCCUAGCCUGGACACUCAGCAUGCAGCUAACUCAGCAACCUCUCUUUCACUGGUAGAUGUGCCAUCACUCCCGCCGCCUGCCCGCCGUCACCAGCCCUGCCGUGCGAGGCGUCUGCACCUGAGCGCCGUGUGCCGGGUGUGUGCUGCUGUGCCUGUGCUCAACACCCUUGCCGCUGACGUCCGCCACUGUGCCUCAGGGAUGUCUUACUGUAAACAAGAAGGGAAGGAUCGUGUGAUAUUUGUAACUGAAGAGGAUCACAACGGUCCCUCUGAAGUGUCACUCCCUGAAGAUGAGGACACCCCAGCAGGGCUCAUUCAGCCUGAUGGAGAGAUCAACUGGGCCUGCCCAUGCCUGGGAGGCAUGGCCACAGGACCUUGUGGAGUAGAGUUCCGUGAAGCUUUCUCUUGUUUCCAUUACUCCACUGCUGAACCAAAAGGCAGUGAUUGUUUAGAACCAUUCAGGCAAAUGUCUGAUUGCAUGGCCCAGUAUCCUAAUGUUUAUGGCAGCAAGGAGGACAAAGAUGAGAUGGCAGCAACAACUGGUGACCUUGCAAAUGGUACUCAAACUUCAGGGGAAGUAGCAGCAAAGGCAUAGCAGCAGGCCAGAGAUGAAUCAAUGACAGAUGGACCUCAUUUAGAACCACAGCAGUGAGGAAACCUUGGGAUACUACUGCAUAUACUUAUUUAAAAAAAAUCAGUCUCCAGGAAGUAAUAUCUAUGUCAAAGUUAAUUCUACAAGUUUGCUAAAAACUGUAGAAAAAAUAACUUUUAUACGAGUAUAUACAGUACUUGUGUUUCAUAGAAACAAUGAUGCAGUUUAAACUACUGAAACAUGAUGCUCUCAAAUUACCAGUAACUUCCCAAGGUAUUCACUGUCUGUGAUACACUUUGUAUAUAGAUAUUAAGUAAACAUGUUAUGUUUAUGGAAAUCAUAUUCUUCAUUCUAUUGAAUUACAGUUGUUGAUUGUGUUUGUAAAAAUGUAAUAUAAAUAUUAAGUUGAGUAGUCUUUGUUAAGACAAAGUACAUUUCAAGGCUCUGUGAGACCAAUUUCUAACUGAAUACAUUUUUUAUGCUAAAUUUGAGUAAGUUUUGUUUCCAUAAAUUUGUAGGAAAGGGAGAUAAAGAUCAGUGGUGUAAAAAACUGGGUAUGAUAUAAAAUAGAGCUUGCAUUAUGUAUUGUGUAUAGUGGGUGUGGCAGGUUGAGAAAUCAUACACAUUUUUGUAUCAAAAUUAUAAUCGUCUAUUUAAGCUAUUAAAAGUUAAAAUACAAGCAAUUAAAGUGCUCAUGGUAGGUCUCUUAUCUAUCAAUGACAGGAAUCAUCUGUUCUGACCAUUUAUUUUCAAAUGGAUUUUUAAUAUUUCAAGUGUAAGAUUUUGUAUGAUAGACUUUCCUUAUGCUAAGAACUAGAGCAUACAUAAGUGGGAUAUUUAAUUAUGAUUUUUAACUUCCUCCCACAUAGAUGGUCAUAAUAUGUAUUAAACUAGUUACAUGUG